UAUAGCGUGGAGAGCGAGCAGUGGAGAAACACGCGCGCACACACACACACACGUCCAUAGAAAGAUAUUUUUGAAUAUCACAUGUUGCCAAUCACACUUUAGAUUAAAGACCGCAUGAGUUACAAUCUUCAUCAAACGUGUCUAUCUUGUGUACUGCACGCGCACUCAACCCGUGCGUAAUAUUGAUGUAUUUCAAUAUUGAAUUGAAUCACCCAAAGCGCGUUUGGUGAUGCGGCGUUAACGACGCGCCCCUGUGCUUCACGUGCCACUUGGAUGUUUCCUUGAAUCUCUUUCACGGAUCGUUAUGGGUGCUGGUCCAAAAAACGCAUUAAUCUGAAUGGUUGAUUGCCAUUGCAUUUCUUUACGGACUGCUGUUGUGGCGGAUCACGCACGGAACCGGAUCACGCAAGGAACCUGUGGUUGGAUAUGACGCAUCGGUCACAGUAGGGACGCGUCUAGGAAAAGCGGAGAGGUUUCAGUGAGAAGCGGCCAAAAAUCUGGACUACACCUGCUCACCUGCUCGUCAUGUCGGCGAAGAGCAAGAAGGAAAAGGAAAUCAUUACCGAGUAUGAGAGCCAAGUGAAAGAGAUACGAUCUCAGUUAGUGGAGCAGCAGAAAUGUUUGGAGCAGCAGACGGACAUGCGAGUUCAGCUGCUGCAGGACCUGCAGGAUUUCUUCAGGAAGAAGGCCGAGAUCGAAAGCGAAUAUUCACGCAACCUGGAGAAGCUCGCCGAACGAUUCAUGGCCAAGACGCGCAGCACCAAGGAUCACCAGCAGUACAAGAAAGAUCAGAACCUGCUGUCUCCAGUGAACUGCUGGUACCUGCUGCUGAAUCAGGUGAGGAGAGAGAGUAAAGAUCACGCCACUCUCAGCGAUCUUUACCUCAACAACGUCAUCACACGCUUCACGCAUGUCAGCGAGGAUAACAUGCGUCUGCUUAAGAAGAGUAAAGAGAUUAUUUUCCAACUGCAGGAAGACCUGAUGAAGAUUCUUAAUGAACUUUACACGGUGAUGAAGACAUAUCACAUGUAUCACAGUGAGACUCUCAGUGCAGAGAAUAAGCUAAAGGAAGCAGAGAAGCAGGGUGAACGACAGGGUCGAGGGGGUGAGGCUGUCUUUAGCCUGCGCACAGAAGAUCGACACCAACGACGAAACGCUGCCCGUAAGAUCCAGAAAAUGAAAGAGAAGCGCCAAGCCAAGUACUCGGAGAACAAACUGAAGGUUAUGAAGGCUCGGAACGAGUAUCUGUUGACCCUGGAGGCCACAAACGCCUCCCUGUUUAAAUAUUACAUCCACGACCUGUCGCAUUUGACUGACUGUUGUGACUUAGGCUACCAUGCGGGCCUCAGUCGAGCGUUACGGACCUACCUGUCAGCAGAAUACAGUCUGGAAACCUCUCGGCAUGAGGGCCUGGAUAUUUUGGAGGGGGCUGUGGAGGGGCUGGACCCCAGUAAUGACCGCCAGCGGUUUAUGGAAACUCACCCGACGUCGUUCACUCCUCCUGCACGCUUUACCUUUCAGCCACACAUGGGAGACCAGGUGAGUCAAAUCACUGCACUGCCGCAGGUGCAAGCCGAGCUGCUUCUCCGAUUUCAACAGCUGCAGUCUCGCCUCUCCACACUGAAGAUUGAAAAUGAGGAGGUGAAGAAGACGUCAGAAGCCACCCUCAGCACCAUCCAGGACAUGGUGAACAUGGAGGACUAUGAUGUGUCCGAGAGCUUCCAGCACAGUCGCUCCACUGAGUCUGUCAAAUCCAGCGUAUCAGACACUUACCUCAGCAAACCCAGCCUGGCCAAGAGACGCGCCAACCAGCAGGAAACCGAGCUCUUCUAUUUCACAAAGCUGAAGGAGUAUCUGGAAGGCAGUAAUCUCAUCGCUAAACUUCAGGCCAAGCAUGACAUGCUGAAGAGGAGCAUUGCCGAAGGUUACAGGGCAGACAUCAUGACAACCAGCCGUCGUCGAAACUCCCACAGCAGGAACCAGGACUCUGGGAAGGCCAUUCCUUUGAUUGUGGAAAGCUGCAUUCGCUUUAUUAAUCUUUACGGUUUGCAACAUCAGGGUAUUUUCAGGGUUUCAGGGUCACAGGUGGAAGUCAAUGACAUAAAGAACAGUUUUGAACGAGGCAACGACCCCUUAACUGACGAGGAGAAUAACCAUGACAUUAACUCGGUGGCGGGCGUGCUGAAAAUGUACUUCCGUAACCUGGACAAUCCGCUUUUCCCCAAGGAAAAGUUCAACGAUCUCAUCGCCUGCAUUCGAACUGAGAAUCUGUAUGAGAGAGCCCUCUCCAUCCGAAAGAUCCUGACAACGACGCCCCGUCCAACGCUGGUGGUCAUGAGAUACCUGUUUGCAUUCCUCAACCACUUAUCCCAGUACAGUGACGAGAACAUGAUGGACCCUGGAAACCUGGCGAUUUGUUUCGGUCCCACUCUAAUGCCCACCCCAGACCUCCUGGACCAGGUUUCGUGUCAGGCACACGUCAACGAGAUCAUCAAAACCAUCAUCAUCCACCAUGAGACCAUCUUCCCUGACACCAAAGAGCUGGAGGGUCCGGUUUAUGAGAAAUGCAUGAGCAAUACUGAGUACUGUGAAAGUCCCUACAGUGAACCGGGAGCAUUCGAAGAAGGAGAGCAGGAUGGAGGGACGGAAACACAGACAAGCGAGGAGGAAAUCAAGACUCAUCAUAUCAGGCAACAUUUUUCCAGUCUUCAACGGUCCAAUUUUGAAGGUGAACCCGUGGAGGCCUUAGCCAAGUUUGACUACGUUGGGCGCUCUGGACGGGAGCUCACCUUUAAGAAAGGCGCCACACUGCUACUGUUUCAGAGAGCGUCUGAAGAUUGGUGGGAGGGACGUCACAAUGGCAUUGAUGGACUGAUACCACAUCAAUAUGUCACACUGCAAGAAGAUGAGGCCAUGUCAGAUACACUGAGCCAGAAAACAGACAGUGAGACCAGCACCACACCUUCAGAUGAAGUGAGCUCCAGACGAUCUCUGACGUCCCCGACCGAACCAAGAAUACCAGAGACCUUCAUCAGCCGACACAGAAAGAGGACGGAGGCCCUUCUGCGCCGGGUCCCUGGUCGCCUAAGUGACGGUCACUGCCAUGGCAAUGGGAUGGAACGUAGCUCGCCCCCAGUGACUGUGACCGUAACGGGGCACUUUAGCCCGCGCGAGCUGCUGCGUGGGAACAGCUGUGCCCUGGACAGUCCCGAGCACCACAGGCGCACGGGACACAAUGGCACAUCGAACGGCACAGUGAAUGCCAAUAUCAGCCGGCACGAAUCCCUGCGCAGAGAACGGGAACGAGAGAGUCCUCCGAUACGCCAGUCUCCAUCUACACUGCAUUGUGGGUUACCUGUGCAACGCACGCAGACGUUAAACCCUCACACUAUGGCCAAGGACCUAGAGGAAACCAUGAAUAUAGCCUUAAAUGAGUUGCGUGAGAUGGAAAGGCAGAAUGGAAAGACAGCAGCUCCUGACCUGGUGCUGGACACGCUCGAGCAGAUGAAGACCAGCCCGUCGUGCCCGUCCGGCUCCACCCCCUCCAGCUUAUCCAGCCCCUCUGAUUCCCCGAGUCCUCUCAGUCCCAUAAGCCCCCUGCCGUCUCUCCCCCCACUGCCUGGUCCUUCAUCCCGACGCUCCAACGACCCGGUGGCCACCUUCAAGCCCAUUGCCUCGCCCCGAAUGGGAGUGACGCUCCGCCCACCCGCCCUACGCCCCAAACCGCCCGUUUUGCCAAAAGUCAACCCACCUCCUUCCCAGCAAGCCCAAAAUCCCCCUUCGAGCUUCGGCAGUGACAAAUCUGGCACUAUGUGAGCCAAGAUCCAAAGGGUCCAACUGAAGCAAACAGGGUUUUAAGACUGACCUUGACUAUGGGUCAAGACUGUAGAAAGAAAACAGGGUUAAUCUCUUAAUAAUGACAUGAUUGUACGGCCGAUAGCUAGUUUACAUGCGGAAUGGUCAGUUAGAGUUAGUCUAUGAUAUUAUAUCCAUUAACGUGUCGUCAGGGUGGUGUGUGUGUGUGUAUUCUCUAAGUGAAUAGGACUUUACUGUGUCUGUGUGUAGAUACAUUAAUGAGGAACACAUUCAGAGACAGCGGAGAGACACUGUUUGGGAUUGUCUGUACAGGAAGUACAGGUUGUUUUGGGGAGAUGUAGAUCAGAUGACUUUCCAUUGAGUGCAAUGUAUUUCGAGUGCUUUGAUUUCUUAGGCCUUACUACCACAGAGGAUUGCGCGUGGAGUCGUUCUUAUGAGUUGCUGCUGCUUUCUUUAAUAAUUUACAGAAAUACCGGUGCCUAUUGGGAAAAUGGUUAUUCACUUAAUGGGAUUUGAUAAGGAAUGUAAUUUUUUUCAAGACACCCACCCAGCUAGCCUUCCGACGGGAAACAAGGUGACCGAGGAACACAGAAUGUAUUUAAUGAAUGUUCCACAUUUUUUUUCACUCUUUAUACCACGCCAAGCCUUGAUCACCUGAUUAACCUCCCUCUUUACCGUGGAAACACUGAAGCCUGAUUGGACGACGUGGGAGGGAACUUUUAACAUCACGUGGACAAACAUGAACCAAGCAAAAUAUUACAGAGUUGAACGUAUCCAUUUUACAAUAAGAAAUGGAGAAGAAAUUGACGACAUUAUAGAGGUUUGCAGGAAGCGUGUAGCAUGUAUUGACUUCUGCCGCUAGGCCACGCCCUCCCUCAGGUCGUUCAUGUAAAAUUUCUGCUGCUGCUUCACUAACGGACGAUUAUAAUAAUUUUUAAUCCUUAAAUUUCAAUGUCCCCUGUGCUUCCAAUGUACGUGUGUGUGUGUGUAAGAUAUCAAUGGCAGACCCUCUUUCCAACACGCAAACCAUUCAUGUUAAACAGGCUUGUGUGUGUGUGAUGUGGUGGAGCUUUGUAUGAUAGAGGGCAGUUAAAAUUGUGCAAGAUGAUGGAUAAUUCAUGCUUGGAGUACUGCAUAUAAGUGUUUAUAAGUGUUUGCGUGUGUGUAAAAGAGGGCGUUUAGUCUGUGUGUAAAUAUGCAUGGAGGAGAAACUUCGGAGGACAUUGUUUUAUGAUGAUAACACAAUGCUCUGCGUCUACCAAACAGCCUUUGUUCACUUUUUUAUACACUCAACAGAAUGAUUGUUUUUCACUUUUUCAACUGCUUCUCGCUUACGUUUUCUAUGCGUUACAUUUUUUACCUGUUUAUCGAUUCCGGGUGUAUUCGUUCAACGUGUAGGCCUUCUACUGGCACUCUUUCAUGCGACCACAUAUGCACCCACCUGCUGGUUUAUCAGAAGCCCGUAUCAACCUUUUGUCCGUUUACCAAGCGACCUGCAAGACCGCCACUCCGUCCACAAACACACACACAAUCUGUGUUGACAUGAAAGUGCCUUUCAGGAAACACGUUGAAUGCAGGAGCCUGGUCUGCCAAGGGUGUGUGCUGCUGUCGCUUUCUGAAAAGUCGUUCCACAAGUUAAAUAAUUAAGCUAGAGCUCUUUCCAAAUGUUUAAUAAUCUGAAGGAAUAAUAAAUAUGUACAUUUAAUCCAUUGUGAUGUCGCACUUUCAUGUAUAGGACUGUAUUGGCAUGUAGCAUUAAAUCAUGUUUCAGUGCAUUUUAAAAACGUGUCGAAACUGAAUGUCUUUGAAAUAAAGGAAGUUGAUAUGUCUUAA